CGGUGGCGGGGAGGAAGAGGAGGAGCCAGGCUGCCCCAGGACUCAGCUCGCUCCCGCCUGCCCUCGUGUUCUGCAGUAGCGUCUUACCCAGCGCCGACAUGGCUUCAGGCGCCGCCACCACCGCUGUGAAGAUUGGAAUAAUUGGUGGGACGGGCCUGGAUGAUCCGGAAAUUUUAGAAGGAAGAACUGAAAAAUAUGUGGAUACUCCAUUUGGCAAGCCAUCAGAUGCCUUGAUUUUGGGGAAGAUAAAAAAUGUUGAUUGCGUCCUCCUUGCCAGGCACGGGAGGCAGCACACCAUCAUGCCUUCCAAAGUCAACUACCAGGCGAACAUCUGGGCCUUGAAGGAGGAGGGCUGCACGCACGUCCUGGUGACCACAGCCUGUGGCUCCCUGCGGGAAGAGAUUCAGCCCGGUGACAUCGUCAUCAUCGACCAGUUCAUCGACAGGACAACCACAAGACCUCAGACCUUCUAUGAUGGAAGCCAUUCCUGUGCCAGAGGAGUUUGCCAUAUUCCAAUGGUCGAGCCAUUUUGUCCCAAAACAAGAGAGGUCCUCAUAGAGACUGCUAAGAAGCUAGGACUCAGGUGCCACUCAAAGGGAACAAUGAUCACAAUCGAGGGACCUCGUUUCAGCUCCCGAGCAGAAAGCUUCAUGUUCCGCACCUGGGGAGCAGAUGUUAUCAAUAUGACCACUGUUCCAGAGGUGGUGCUUGCCAAGGAGGCUGGUAUUUGCUAUGCAAGUAUUGCCAUGGCAACAGAUUAUGACUGCUGGAAGGAGCACGAGGAAGCAGUUUCAGUGGACCGGGUCUUAAAGACCCUGAAGGAAAAUGCCAAUAAAGCCAAAAGCUUACUGCUCACUGCCAUUCCUCAGAUAGGGUCCACAGAAUGGUCGGAGACCCUCCAUAAUCUGAAGAAUAUGGCCCAGUUUUCUGUUUUGUUACCCAGACAUUAAAAUAACAAGGCUGCCUAGGAAAACAAUGACUUUUUAAUUGCAGUUUCUAACUACUUACCUUGGGGGGAAAAAGUCAUAGGAAAGAUGUGCAGCUUUCACAUGCUUGCCUGGGAAAGAAAAACGUGUAGGAAAGAGUGCACGGCAAGUGUUCAAGACUCCUACUGGAAGAUCAGAACCGUUUCAAAACCUGGGAGAAGACGCAAGCGCCCAGAACAGAUUGGGGGAAAAUCCUGUGUUCUACAAUAAAAUAAAAUACUAUACUCCCCUC